AUGGCGACUCGAUGCCUCGCUCGUCGCGCCCUUCUCUCCACCGUUUCUCACUCCUACACCACGGCCGCAGUCGCCUCCUCCUCCUCCUCAUCCGGCGUCCCCUCCAGGCCCGCCUUUGUCUUCCGCCUCCGGCCUCUCGCCGCCUCCGCCUUCUACUUCCACCGCCUUACCCCGGCGAUAUCGACAAGGGGGUUCGCCACCGGGCAGGGGACGUCUUCCCUGAACGAUCAGAACCCGAACUUGUCGAAUAGGCCCCCGAGGACUGUGCCCGACAACGGCUGUGAUUUCGAGCACUGGCUAGUGGUCAUGGAGCCUCCGGAUGAGAAGGCUACGCGGGACGAAAUCAUCGAUUCGUACAUCAAGACUUUUGCUGCGGUCUUGGGGAGCGAAGAAGAAGCUAGGAUGAAGAUUUAUUCAGUCUCUACGAGGUGUUACUUUGCCUUUGGAGCUCUUGUGUCCGAAGAGCUUUCUUACAAAAUAAAAGAACUUCCUGGAGUUCGUUGGGUGCUCCCGGAUUCAUACUUAGAUGUGGAGAAUAAAGAUUAUGGAGGUGAGCCAUUUAUCAACGGCCAGGCUGUUCCCUACGAUCCCAUAUACCACGAGGAAUGGUUGAGAAACAACUCACGGGCCAAGGAGUCGGAGAUGCUCUAUGACAAGGAGAAGAAUAAGAAGAUCGGGAAGACAAAGGAGACUCCCCAAAUAUCCAAAACUCUGCCGGUCGUGAAGACCAAAAAGGUUGUCGACCCCCAGGUCGAUAAAAAUAAAGACAAGCAGGUCGUCGACGCCCAGGUUGGGGAUGACAAGAACAAGAAGGUCGCCGACCCUGGCAAGAAGCGGCCACACAUCUCAACCGGCAAGAAAGAUACGGUGGUUGACUGCGAGUCCCGGGGCAAGAAGAUUCGGGUCGAUGAAGACACGGUGGUCUUGCCUCCCCGCUCCAUCGUCACUGCGGCUAAGGGCACGACCAUUGUGUCCUACCUGGCAAACGUCGUGCCUCAUGCCGACACAGGUCGAUGGGGAAGCGAUAGGAAAAAGCGAGCUAACGAUGUAGCUCGAGGCCUCGGACAGGUCCUUGCUGGGUUAGUGCCCAUGCUUAGUGACGACCUGCUCGAGAACAACGAGCUUCAGAAGGAGCUGGCUCGACGUAAGGAGAAGUCCGACCUCCUCAGUCAGCACAACCGACAGCUGACCACCAAUAACAACGAGCUGAACAAGAGGGUGGCUGCCUUGAACACCCAUAAUGAGCUUCUCAUCGCACAAAACAAGGAGCUCCGCCAGAAGCUGGUCGAACAGACAGCUCGUCAUAGUGAUAACCUCAAGGUGGUCGAGCAAAGCACUGAAGCCAAUGCUGCUAAUCAAGAGACUAUUCUUCUACCUCCGCCGUGA